UUUUCUCCCAUAAUCAAAAAGCAAAGCAAAGUCAUUUCGUUUUCCACUCCGAACAUUGAAUUUGAAUCCGAAAAACAAGUGAAAAAAGAUUCAAAAUAUGGAUAAAAUACUUGAAUGUCUCCGUUAUGGAAUACCAAUUGAUCCAUUACCCGAUUAUAAUGGUAAACGUAAUGAUCAGAUUAUACAUGCACCAAAUCGUUUACAUGAUCUUAAUGAUAAUGACCAACAAAAACAAUUAGCAUUGAAUAAUUCAUUAAGAUAUUUCCCGAAACAUUUACAUUCAAUUCUUCGGGAUGAAUUCCUACAAGAAUUAGAUAAUUAUGGUCAUAUUUAUAUGUAUCGUUUUGUACCAAAAUUCCCGUUGAAAGCAUAUCCAAUUCAAUAUUAUCCGGUAAAAUGUCAAGAUGCAGCAGCCAUUAUGUUGAUGAUUAUGAAUAAUUUGGAUAAAGAAGUGGCACAAUUUCCACAUGAAUUAGUUUGUUAUGGUGGAAAUGGUCAAGUUUUUUCCAAUUGGGCACAAUUUUGGCUAACAAUGAAAUACCUGAGCGAAAUGGAAUCAAAUCAAACUUUGGUACUGAGUUCUGGACAUCCAUUAGGUUUAUUUCCAAGUUUACCAUCAAGUUCACGUUUAAUAAUUUCAAAUGGAAAUAUGGUUGCAAAUUAUUCAAGUAAAGAAUUAUAUAAUCAUUAUUUUGCACUUGGUGUUACAAUGUAUGGUCAAAUGACUGCUGGUAGUUUUUGUUAUAUUGGACCACAAGGUAUUGUUCAUGGUACAACAAUAACAAUUUUAAAUGCAGCAAGAAAAUAUUUAAAAAUGGAUAAUCUUUUGGGAAAAGUUUUCGUAUCAUCGGGAUUGGGUGGAAUGAGUGGUGCACAACCAAAAGCAGCUUUAAUUGCAGGUUGUAUAAGUGUUAUUGCAGAAAUUUCCAGAGAAGCAUUAAUGAAACGUAAACAACAAGGUUGGUUAAUGGAAGUUGAAUCAGAUUUGAAUAAAUUAAUCGAACGAAUUGAAAAAGCAAGACAAUCAAAUGAAAUUGUUAGUAUUGGUUAUCAUGGAAACGUUGUUGAUUUAUGGGAAAAAUUUGUUGAUUAUCAUCGAAAAACUGGAAAAUUAUUAGUAGAACUUGGAUCGGAUCAAACUUCAUGUCAUUGUCCAUAUACAGGUGGUUAUUAUCCAGUUGGAUUAAGUUAUGAUCAGGCUAAUAAAAUGCUUGCAAAUGACCCCGAACAAUUUAAAGAUUUAUGUCAAAAAAGUCUUCGAAGACAAAUAUCUGCUAUAAAUUAUCUAGCCGAAAUGGGAAUGUAUUUUUGGGAUUAUGGUAAUGCAUUUUUAUUGGAAGCAUAUCGUUCUGGUGCCGAUCUGAAUCCAAUGAAAACAUCAUAUGGAAUAAGAUUUAAAUAUCCAUCAUAUGUACAGGAUAUUAUGGGUGAUGUAUUUUCACUUGGUUUUGGACCAUUUCGAUGGAUUUGUACAUCAGGUGAUCCGAAAGAUUUACGAAUGACCGAUCAACUGGCAUUGAAUAUAAUGACAAAAUUAUCAGAAGAUCCAGAUCUGGAUCAAGAAUCACGAAGACAUUAUGAAGAUAAUAUUAAAUGGAUUAAGAAUGCUGAACAACAUCAAUUAGUAGUUGGAUCACAAGCUAGAAUUCUAUAUUCAAAUCAUGAUGGUCGUGUUGCAAUUGCUAAAGCAUUUAAUCAAGCAAUUCGUCAGGGAAAAAUUCAACAGCCUAUUGUUAUUUCACGUGAUCAUCAUGAUGUUAGUGGUGCUGAUAGUCCAUAUCGUGAAACAUCAAAUAUUUAUGAUGGAUCAUCAUAUACAGCUGAUAUGUCAAUAUUAACCGCUUUUGGUAAUGUAACACGUGGUACAACAUGGGUUGCAUUACAUAAUGGUGGCGGUGUUGGUUUUGGUGAAGCAGAAAAUUGUGGUUUUGGUUUAGUAUUGGAUGGCCGACAGGAAACUGAAGAAAAAGCAGCGAAUAUUCUAUUCUGGGAUGUUUGUAAUGGUAUUGCUCGACGUAGUUGGAGUGGAAAUUCAAAUGCAUUGAAAACAAUCGAAAAAAUACAGGAAAAAAAUUCAAAAAUUCAAAUAACAAAAAAUUACUUACAAUAAUCCUGAUCACCACCAUUGUUGGUCGAAGUUAUUGUUGACGGUGUACUUGUAGCCUUAUAAUUGUUGAUUGUAAAACCACCAUUAUGAUUCGAAUGAAAACCAUUACCAGCUAAUGAUUUUUUAAUUUGUUCAAAUUUUAAACAUAACCAUUUUAAAGUUUUUUCUCGAUUAAAUCGUAUGAAAAGUUCUGAUUCGAAUGCUUGAUUUUUGAGCAAAAAA